AUGGCCAGAACAAGUGGUAACAGGAGACCUCCGGCAGACGAAAAAUCUGAUAGCGAAGCCACUCAAUCGAUGGGAAAUAGGAAUCAAAAUCGAAAUGAUGUUAAUACGCUGGCCUACGUGCUUGCACAAGCACUGAGAGGAGUAUUGCCUCAGCAACCGCAUCAACCUCAAGCAGAAGGUGGAAAUGGAGUAGUAGCUCAAUUUCGAAGCAUGGCACCGCCAAUUCUAAGAGGGAAUGAAGGACCCUUAGGAACCGAGGAGUGGAUGCGCCAGAUGGAACGCAUUUUCAACUACAUGCGUUGCAGGGACGACUUGAAAGUGACAUGUGCAGCCUUCCAACUAACAAACGAUGCAGGACACUGGUGGGAGUCGGAAACUGCUGCCCUUACUGAAGAGCAGAUGAGAGCCAUCACCUGGAGAACGUUCAAGGAGAAAGUAAUGGGAAAGUAUUUCCCAAGGGCUUUUCGCAAACAAAAGGAGAUAGAGCUCAUGAACUUGGAACAAGGAAACAUGACCAUUUUGGAAUACGAGCGGAAAUUUACCCAACUAGGCCGUUUUGCUCCCCACCUGGUGGACACCGAUGAAAAGAAGGCUUGGAGGUUUGAGAAUGGGUUACGUCCUGAGAUUGGAGGGCACUUAGCAGCUCUAAACAUCACAUCAUACUCGGAAAUCUUAGAACGAGCCCAAGCAGUCGCAUCACGCCUGAAACUGGACAACUCUGUGGUUCGACCUCAACAUACUGGAGAAAAGAGGCACUGGGAUGAUCGAGACAAAAUGAGGAACUCCCAGUCAGAAAAGAAACCAAGGAGUAAUGUGGGAGACGACCAAGAUUUGGCGCCGCACAAACCUCUUUGUCCACGUUGUCAGUGUUACCAUUUCGGAGAGUGCAAAUCUGGCGAGAACGUAUGCUUCCGAUGUCACAAAGGAGGCACAUGGCGAUGA